CUCACACCGUUCACUAGUAAACAGUGAGGUCAACUAAAAGCGGAUAACGCCACAAGACACAGAAAAACCAAGUCAAUGAAUUCCUUCAGCCUGAAUUUCACUUUCCAUUCACCGGUUUCAUCGACUAAUUAAAGAGGCGGUUGCUAAGAGAUGACAAUCUGUGACAUUGGUGAGAGGCUCUGAUGUAGAGCAGCCCGAAGCUCCACUUCUCCAGGAUCUCUUUCCUCCUCACCUCUGUCUGUACCCGGCUCAUGUGAAGGACGCAGGAAACGCUCUUAUAUCAACAGACUUGCAAAUACCAUGGCAGCUUUUACUGCUCCUUGUGCCACUACCGAUACCACCACAAGCACUACAGUGGUCCGAACUGCAUGGCGGAGGCAAGGAAGCGGCGACGAGGCAGGAAAAAGUGAGAACGGGAACGUGGGACAGAACACUAUUGUGGAGAAAACCCACGAGUUCUUCCAGAUGUGUGACAUCGAGAGCAAGGGCUUCAUCAACCGACGCGACAUGCAGAGGCUGAACGGCGAGCUCCCUCUCAGCGCGGAGGAGUUGGAAAACGUAUUUGAUACCCUUGAUUCCGACGGCAAUGGAUUCCUCACCCUCGACGAGUUUUCCUCUGGCUUCAGUGAGUUUUUAUUCGGUCGGAAGAUUUCUGUAGAGGAAGGCAUGGCGGAGAAGAACGCCUGUAAAAGCCCGACAGAGGUCCUGUACCAGACUCAGUGGGAGGAGAGCCUGGCAAGAAGUGAUGAGGAUGAAGAGGAGAAACACUUUUGCAUGCUUAUGGAGAGCCUCGGAGCCAACAGUGUCUUUGAAGAUCCUGCUGAGGUGCGCAGUUUGUGGGCCCAGCUGCGCCGGGAUGAACCUCACCUUUUAUCCAAUUUUGAGGACUUCCUGGCCAGAGUGACAUCCCAGAUCAAAGAGGCCAACCAGGAGAAGAGGGAGAUGGAGAGCGCUCUCAAAAGGAAAGCAGCAACACAUGACGAUGAGAUCCAGCGCCUUUACGAGGAAAUGGAGCAGCAAAUAAAAAAUGAAAAAGACAGGAUAGUGCUGCAGGACUACGGGCGCUUUCUGUCUCGCAGUCAAAACUUGGAGGUGCAGCUGUCCGGGAAAGAGAAAGAGCUGGAGCAGCUCUUUCAGAAACAGAGAAUGUUGGAGCAUCAGUGCCAGGAGCUUCAAAGUGAACAACAUGUGACCAAGGUGGAGAACGUGAAGCUGAAGCACACGAAUGAAGAGUUAGCACACGAGCUGGACCAAACCAGCAAGGAGCUGAUCUCGGCACAGGAACAGCUGAAUGUGCUGCAGGAGCAGUCCACACGGCUUCAUGAGGAUAAGGAGAUUGAAAUAUACAGACUGACUGAGGGACUGCAGCGAGAGCGAGCGGGCCUCCUCAAACAGCUCGACCUUUUGAGGGAAAUGAACAAACAUUUACGGGAUGAAAAGGACAUACGCUAUCAGAAUCCAAAGAAUUCUAAAAGAACACCAAGUUUGAUGCAGAGGCCUUCAAUCCAGGUCAUAAAACACACAAACACAAAUAUCUUCAAAAGUGAGGAUGAGGAGGAGCUGACCACCAGCGCUGUGAGGCACAGCCUAGCUAACGGCUCAUGCCAGUCCUCGUGCACAGCGGGAACAAGAGGGCACCUCCAGAGGAUCAUCUCCAUCGAGGAGGACCACCUCCCACACCUGCUGCAGGAUGACUGUCAGGCUCAGCUCCCACUGCAGGAGUGUAGUGAAGGAGAGGAAGCCUCAGACAACGAGGAGAAUAUAGACUUGGUGAUGAGCGAUAUUUACCCAUGUACAGCCCAGCAGGAAAAGUCAAAGGGGGACGUGGAGAAAAGGGAAACCCCCACAUCUCCGAGGGGUCAGCCUGUUGGCAAGGAGACCAGCAUAAAUGAAGAAGGCGGCCCCUCGCCACCAGACCGCCUCUUCAAGAUCGUCCUAGUGGGGAACUCUAGCGUAGGAAAGACUUCCCUCCUUCGGCGAUUUUGUGAUGACUGCUUCCACCCUGGCACUUCUGCUACUGUGGGUAUAGACUACAGUGUAAAGACAAUAACUGUGGACAACAGCCAGGUGGCACUGCAGAUGUGGGAUACAGCAGGACAGGAGAGGUAUCGAAGCAUCACCAAACAAUUCUUUCGAAAGGCAGACGGUGUGGUGGUGAUGUAUGACAUCACAGCCGAGCAGAGCUUCACAGCCAUCAGGCAGUGGCUGACAAGUGUAAAGGAGGGCGCAGGUGAAGACAUCCCCAUCAUGCUCCUGGGAAACAAAACGGACAAGGAGAUUGAGAGACAAGUUCAGAGAGAAAUGGGCGAGAGACUAGCCAAGGACUGCCAAAUGACUUUCUAUGAGUGCAGCGCGUUCUCCGGACACAACGUGGUGGAGUCCAUGAUCCAUUUAGCCAGAAUCCUGAAAGAGCAGGAGGACAGAGAGAAGGAGAAGACGGUCCAGCUGGUCGGUGGCACCUCAGAGAAGAAGAGAUCCUGCUGCUAACAGUUAGACAGUAAACACAUACACAGUAGCACUACCCUUUACUUAAACACACAAUGUGACAUGUGCCACCGAGGACACAUUCUUCUGAAUGUCAGCAAAACUGCUUCUCACACGUCUUCCACUUUGUGGCACUCUGGCUAAAACCAACACCAGAAUCAACUGUGUGUUUAUUGUAAUGCCUCACAGAUGAUAUUGCACUAUUAUAAACUCUACUCUAUGUUUACCCAAGUUGUUUGGAGUUUGAAAAUAACCUUAAUAUUGCUAUUUUGGGGAUAGGAAGUAAAAAAAAAAGAAGAAUAUCAGAGAAAGAAUAAUAACUAUAAAACAACUGAACAAAUGUAAGACAAACUCCCUUUUAAGACUUUUUCAUUUUAUAAAUGUAUAAUGUACAGACAGUGGCUCUCAAAUAUUUAUUUAGUUUCCAAAGACCAUUUAUCUGUCACGUGGGAUUUUUACUCUAUGUAUUAUUAUAAUUAUCCAGUGUUAUGUGUAAUUUUUUAGCUGUUUUGCUUCUCCACAGACACAAUAACACAAUCAACUGUAAUACAACUUUAAUACAUUAUCCUGCAACCUUACAGUAAGCACAACCUUAGUGAAGCUUUUGUGUUCAGCUUGUGUUGAGAUUGUUGGUUUAACUAACCAGGCUAAGAUUAGAUGCAGCAUUAUGUAACGUGGCAGGACAUUGCAUGGUUCUCUUGGUAAAAACAUUUUUUUAGUUGUGUAUUUCGUCAUGUUUUGUUGGGAUUUUCUUUCUAUGUUGCUUAUUUUUUGUCCUCUGUGAAACAAAAGGGAAAGGUGAAAAAAAGUUAGCUUUUUCAUCUGUGAAAAACGGGUCAUGUUUAAUUAGUUUAAUUAUUUUGCAGGCUUUUGUGUUAUUUUGUCCUUCUGGUUGAUUUGUAAUUGUGUGUUUUCUUUGUCGUACCACUACUGAAGGUUGUUAGGUUACCUUAGCAACAAGCUGGGAGGUUGGCUCAGUUUCGUGUUCUAAAUUAAAAGCUAGAAAAUAACAAUGACCAUUAUUUUACCCAAGAGACCAAAUGAAGUCUGUAUCAGUAAAUAUUUAUAUCACCUUAAUCCAGCUAUUCUCAACCUUGGGGUCGGGACCCCAGUUGGGGUCGCGAGAUGAUUUCUGGGGGUCGCCAAAUCAUUUUGGAAGUCAGCUCUGUCUCCACUGUGUUAAAGUAUUCAUGUGUUUUAGUCUUUUUGGUCAUUUUGUGUCUUUUUUGGUCAUUUUGCGUCUUUUUUUUUGGUCAUUUUGUUUCCUUUUUUUGGUCAUUUUGU